AUGCUCUUCUAAACAAUGAAAGUGCAUUCGUUUCAUAAACGAUUUCAAAGUUCUUGAUUUACACGCCCGCUCUAAAAACAAGUAAGCAAGACAGCUACAACAUCCAGUCAUCAUAAUAAAGAAUGUUUUUCAAAACAAAAUCAGCAAGCGGAGUGUAUUCACCGCCUUAGUAGAGGAUCAGUCGUAACACGUAGUGGAUGGCUACCAUAGAUUGCACUUUUAAUAAUAAUUGACACUCGACGGUUGUAUAGUGUUUGAGAUUUGAAUCGCGUAUCCGGUACAUUACAAUUAUUAUUUGAAUUACGUAUUUGUAGCGUGACCUUGCGACUUAUUUUCUCAUGGAUGUGCAUACUUUCCGUGAGGUUGGAAUAAAGGAUUUAACAAAAGACGAACUCAACAUAAAAGCAAAUACCAUUAACCACCUGAAGUCCAAAUUGGAAAAUCAUGAUAUAGUGAAUCUCAGAAGAACAGACAAAAUGAUACCAGACACAAUAGGCAAUGCUGACCGCAAUUCGGAACCUAUACUAAAUGAAGAUGGAUUAAUCAUACCAAAAAAACCUGUAAAUCCUGUUAAAGAGAAUAUUGAAAGACAGAAUCUUCAUAGAGAAUUAUUAUUUAAUAAAAAAAUAGGUAAAAAUGUUUUGAACCAAAAAACCGAAUUACAACGAGCCUUAGAGAAACAAAAAGACAAUCUUGCUAAGAAGCAGCUUGAGGACCAUAUAGCAGCCCAAACCCCUGAAUUCGAAAAAGUGAUUGCUGAUAGGGCAAAACGUCUUCAAAGCUCACAUGAAGAUAAAAAUGAAGAUGACAAAGUCAUAAAUAAAGAACUGCUCCAAAUUCGAAUGAACCUCAAGACUCGAAGUGACGCUAAUAAAUAGCUUUCCUUAAAAAAUGACUAUAUUAUUUAGUAUAAUCUGUAAGAACAAAAUAUCUACAAAGCAACAUAAUAGUAAAUGUAUACUGUGAAGCCUAAUACCAAGGUAAAAAUUAUAAUUUAAAAUUUGGGACCCUAGAUCUAGGGAUCUUACAUAACAUGCAAGGAGUUCUAGUUUUUUUGUUAGAAUAGGAAUUGUAAUAUUAAUUUUUGUCACCUUAUGUUAAAGUAUUAUUACCAAGCAUUUAAUUGUAAUAUUAUGUAUUAAUUUCUACACACCAGUUCAAUUAACUGGUUAACAAUUGUUUCUAUAAGUACGGUUCCCUAAAAAAUUGAUAGUUUAAAAAAAUAUCUUCAUGUGAAAUCCACUGUAUACUAUUUUUUAAGUAUAUUUGCUAAUCCAUUAGAAAUAAAAUGAUUACUUUAGAAACAUAUUUUUCCGUUUGAGUUUGACAAAAUUGUGGAUGUUUAUUUCUAGGUUAUAUAGUUAUAUAAGAAGUGAUAUUCAAAAAAUAUAUUUAGUUCAGAGAAAUUAUGACUUACUUUGCUUUAUUUAAAAUUAAAAUAUAACAUAGAAAAAGGAGAGUCUGGGCACUAAUUUACCAUAAUAAUCAAAAACAUAACUCUAUAGUUUGGACAAUGCAAUUUAACCAGUCUGGUGAUCAUAUAAAUUACCAGCUUCCUUUUAUUUCCAUUCCUUGAAGAAGUUGUGCAAGCGUGUGCUAGAUGACAUUUAUCCGUCAAGAAUAUGUAAGAUAAAUUUUACUUCUUUUGACGUUCAUUGUACAAGGUAGCGCAAAAAGAACGCAUGAAUUUCAAACCAGUAUAAUUUGCUUUAUUUUGAUUACAUACAAAAUGGACUCACACGAAUACAAUGUUACCUAACCUAACCAAUGUUUGACUUUGUUCAUUGGAAUAUCGAUAUGCACUGUUUGUAGUGAACUGAUCACUUUUAGAAGAUUACUUCAGACAGAUGGCGUCCUUCCGCGUCGAUACAUAUCAAAAGUCUUCCAUUAUUUUUAACAAUCAUCGUUCAGGAUACGCUGCAGCGAGCGUCGAGACAAGUUCAGAGCUGGAGCGCGCCGCCUAGUGGAGUGGCGACGACUUUGAAGAACCGACGCCCUAACUCUUAUCAACAUUUUGUGGAGUUCGCGCCGUGUGAGGACGACCAGGCGACUUCUGCUUCAUAAUUGAUCCAGUUGUGCGAAAAGAGGCAACCCAAUGUAGUAUUGUGUUGCGAUCAGGUAUCAAACCAUUUCAUGGAAAAUUGAACUCUGUGCGUAAAAGUCGUAAUAACAGAUUCAUCACUUUUGAAGAAAUGUUCAACAGCGAAAACGCAAUGCGCCACGGUCCACUGGAUGCGCUAACCUACAAAACAACCAGCCCCCUCCCCUCCGCUCCACUCCUCAAAUCAAAUUCAUGCGUUCUUUUUGCGCCUAACUUAACCAAUAGUUAAUUUUGUGUUUAAUGAUUGAGCUUAUCUGUGCAAAGUUCUAGUAUGAUUGAAGAUGUAGUAUUGUUUUCUUUUCAAAGUAAAGAUAUAGAUACCACUUUUCUUCAGUUCUUCCAACUUCUCUGCAGUGAUUUUACUAGUUUCUUUAGUUUGCUCGCGGCAUUUUUAUGCAUAUUGUGCUUUCUUAGAGUCAACGCCCGAAUUAGUAAAGAUCUGCAAGCUUCUUCGUACAAAAAGAGUUUUGGUGUGUUUUUAAGCAUUUUCCUGGAAUAUAACCUCUUGAAUAACAAAAUCCGCAGUUUCAGAAACACUCAAUUUAGCUCUAAGUGUAAACUAAUAUCAGCACCUGUCACUUUGAACUCUUGAUGUAUAUUACAUACAUUUAUUGUGGGCAUACUGAUAGUAAAUUGAGAAAGAGUUUUAGGGCUAAAUAAACGAAACUAGGAUAUGUGUUUGAAACAUACAAACUUUGCAAGAUAUCUUUAUACUGUGUUCGCUACUUUGUGGCGUUUCAAACUUUUAAUCCAUGAUUUUGAAAAUGUUUUUCUUCUUUAUUUAUACGAUUUCUAUUCGUGGGGUGAAUUAAUAGAUGUCUUACAUUCUUAAUUUAUGUAAACACUAUACACUACACUAAUUUAUAAUAAUUCACUCAGCACUUUCACUUAACUAAGAUAAUUUAUCUAAAUUCUUCGAUUACUUUCUAUUUCGGUCUAUUCACUACGUCUUUCUAUUAUAAACUAAACUAAACUGCGUUACACUCACAAAACAAAUGAAUAAACCUUCCUAGAAAUUAUUAAAAAGAAACAAUGUAAAUAAACCGCCUACUAUAAUAAAAAACUAUAAAAACAAACAUCAAAGAUCGUUAGAAUUCCAGACAGGGCCGGCGAGACGCGUUCGUUACAAUACUUUCCAUUCUUCACCGAGACAAAUGUGCUUGCUACAUAUUUGCCUGAUUCUACUUUUCAUUAGUUGGACACUUCAGUGUUUUGGAAUAAUAGAAUAAUGCAUUUAAUGUGAGUGUCUAUUGAUUCAAAACUAUGAAAAGCUUACAAAAUAAGCCAGUCACUUUCUAUAUUCAACUAGUUAUGUAAGAAUGUGCCUCAGUUAUUUAUUUUCUAUAUCCAAAUUAUUAAUAUAAUCAAUUUUUAUCUAAAGCAAAGUAUACAACUUGUGAACACUGGUAUGUACAAAAAAUGUGAAUAAAUUUAUUUUGAGAUUA